AUGGUUAGAGAAAGAUUCCCUGCGGAACUCGGACUGAACCUGUUAACAGGAGUGCGUGGCGUGUAUCUAGAUGUUAAGAAAGUUGUUCCACCAUCGUUGCACUUUCUCAACCGGAAAGGUCGCAUAUUCUAUGCUUGCUUGAAGCAGAAGUGCAUCCUUUGUAAGGAAGAAGGCCAUUUAAAGGCUGAGUGCCCACAAAAGGUAGAAAGUAGGAAUAAAUCAGAAAGGCACAAAAUGAAUGAUGACAAGAAACCUGAGGAUAAUGAAAUAAAUAGCGAAAAACAGGAUAAUGCCGCACCAACCUAUUCAGGAAUAUUGAUAGGCGUCAAGCCCAAACCCGUCACCGAAAACGUGAUUGCAAACAUGGUUACGUUAGUUUCGGAGCGUAUCAGAAUUCCGCCACUGGAAACAACGCCGGUUGAUGCAGAGGUUAUGGAAACAGAAUCGGGGUCAAUGCCGGGUGGUGGGGUCAAAUCUGGCGUUAAACGAUUGCAUUCAUCUGGAGGAUCAAAUGGCGACACUGACGAAGAACCGUUUUCGGAAUUCACCAAGGUGGUAGGAAAUCGGAAAUCCACACGAACGGCUAAGAAAGUAAUGACGCCGCUCGAAACGAUUGCGAGUGUAUCGUCACAGCCCCAGCUGGCCCAGCUGGCCCCAGCCUCAGCCUGCCCAGCCUGGGCUCAGCCCCAGCCCGGCCCAGCCCCGCCCCAGCCAGCCCCAGCCCUGCCCAGCCCGUCAGCCCGCCAGCCUGGCCCAGCCCCGUCUCAGCCCAGCUCCCAGCCCAGCCCCAGCCCGGCUCCAGCCUGGCCCAGCCCCAGCCCGUGCCCGCCCAGCCCGGCCCCAGCUCAGCCUCAGCCCGUCUCAGCCCCGCCCAGCCUGCCUCAGCCUGCCCAGCCCGCCCCCAGCCUGGGCUCCAGCCCGCCCCAGCCCGCCCAGCUCAGCCUGCCCGCCUGCUCAGCCCGGCCUCAGCCCGCCUCAGCCCGGCUCUCAGCCUGGGCUCAGCCUGGCCUCAGCCUGCCCAGCCUGGCUCAGCCCGCCUCAGCCUGGGCUCAGCCCGCCAGCCUCCGGCUCAGCCUGGGCUCAGCCCGGCUCAGCCUGCCUCAGCCUCCGCUCAGCCUGCCUGCCUCAGCCCGCCUGCAGCCUGGCCUGCUCAGCCUGCUCAGCCUGGCCCCAGCCCUGGCCCCAGCCCCUCCAGCCCCGCCCCAGCCUGGGCCCCAGCCCCAGCCUGCCUGUGCCCGCCCAGCCCGCCCAGCCCGCCCCAGCCCCUGGGCCAGCCUGGCCCCAGCCUGGCCUCAGCCUGGGCUCAGCCCGUCUCAGCCUGGCCCCAGCCUCACCAGCCUGCCCCAGCCCAGCCCCGGCUCAGCCUGGCUCAGCCUGCCCUGCUCAGCCUCUGCCCAGCUCAGCCUCCGCGCCCACCAGCCUGGCUCAGCCUGCCUCAGCUCCGCUCAGCCCGCUCAGCCUGCUCAGCCCGCCUCAGCCUGGCUCCCAGCCUCCGGGCCUCAGCCCGGGCUCCAGCCUGCUGCCCAGCCUCCUGCCUCCCAGCCUGCCUCAGCCCGGCUCCAGCCUCGGCUCAGCCUGGCUCAGCCCGGCCCCAGCCUCAGCCUGCCCGCUCAGCCUGGCUCAGCCUGCCUCAGCCCCAGCCUCAGCCUGGCUCAGCCUCCGGCUCCCAGCCUGGGCUCAGCCUGCCUGCUCAGCCUGCCCCAGCCUGGCUCAGCCUGCUCAGCCCAGCCUGCUGCCCCAGCCCAGCCCAGCGGCUCCCAGCCUCCCAGCCCUGGCUCCAGCCCCUGGCCUCAGCUCAGCCCCAGCCCGGCUCCUGGCCCCAGCCCCCAGCCCGUCUGCCCAGCCCUGGCCCAGCCUGGGCUCAGCCCUGCCCAGCCUGCCCCAGCCUCCCAGCCUGGCCCAGCCCCCAGCCAGCCCCCAGCCUGCUCAGCCUGGCCCCAGCCACCAGCCUGGGCUCAGCCCAGGCCCGCCUCAGCCCUGCCUCAGCCCCAGCCCAGCCUGCCCGGCUCAGCCUGGCCAGCCUGGCUCAGCCCAGCCUGCCCGCCUGCCCAGCUCAGCCUGGCCCAGCCUGCCUCCGCCCAGCCAGCUCAGCCUGCCCCAGCCUCGUGCUCAGCCUGGCUCAGCCCGCUCAGCCUGCCUCAGCCUGCCUCAGCCCGCCUCAGCCUCCGCCUGCGCCUGCCCAGCUCGCUCAGCCUGGCUCAGCCUGUGCCUCAGAGCCUGCUGAUGUCACCGGAACAUAUGGCAACUUUGUACGCACUUUACGACCAAGCAUAA